AUGUCCGACAAGAUCCGCGAGGAACGGCUAUUCCAGGCGAUGAAGCAGAAGCACAUCGGCCUCGGCACAGACGACACAUCGAGAGACGAGUGGUUGACACAGGUACAUAGAGAUACAUACAACAGCUUGCUGGGGCACAGCGCCCUGCUGCAAUACGCGGCACUCAGCGGGCCCACGCGCAACAAGGCGGAGACGCGGCUGGCCAUGGUCAGCCGGAUGUGCGGCGGGCCCGCCACGCGGCGCGCGCCGGCGUAG